GUGUCGGGAGGAGGAGGAAGAUGGGGAGGAGGAGGAAGAGGAUGAUGGAGAGGAGGAAGAGGGCGAUGGAGAGUAGAAGGAGGAUGACAUAGCAGGGGAGGGGAAAAAGAGGAUGACAAUGAGAAUCUGGAAGGAGGAGGAGGAGGAAGAGGAAGAUCGCGAGGAGAAGGAGGAUGACGUCGCAGGGGAGGGAAAAAAAAGGAUGGGGGCGAAAAACUUGAAGGAGGAGGAGGAGGAGGAGGAAGAGGAAGAUUGGGAGGAGGAGGAAGAGGACGAUGGGGAGGAGGAGGAAGAGGGCAAUGGGGAGGAGAAGGAGGAUGAUGUGGCAGGGGAGGGAAAAAAGAGGAUGACGAUGAAAAUAUGGAAGGAGAAGAAGGAAAAGGAAGAUCGGGAGCAGGAGGAGGAGGAGGAAGAGGACAAUGGGGAGGAGGGGGAAGAGGGUGAUGGGAAGGAGGAGGAAGACGACGCUCCUGAGCAUCUUUUUCCUCUUCCUCCCCAUCACCUUUUUCCUCCUCCUCCUCCCCAUCGCCUUCUUCCUCCUCCUCCUCCCCAUCGUCCUCUUCGUCCUCCUCCUCCCGAUCUUCAUCUUCCACCUCCUCCUCCCGAUCUCCCUCUUCCUCCCCUCCCCAUCGCUUCUUCUUCCUCCUCCCUAUCGUCGACUUCCUCUUCCUUCCCAUCACUAAUUUCGUUCUCCUCCCCAUCGUUGACUUCCUCCUCCUCCCCUGCCAAGCUGCCACCUCAGUUUUUUUUUUUUUUUCUCGUGCUUGCUAAGGAUGAGGAGGAGGAGGAGAAGGAGGAUGAUGGGGAGGAGGAGGAGGAGGAAAAGGGCGAUGGGAGGAAAAUGAGGAUGAUGUGGCAAGGGCGGUCAAAGCCAUUGUUCAUCAAGUGCAAGGAUAUCAACGACCAGAAAAAUGACGCUAUUGCAGUUGUUCGGGGAUGUCAUAAUUUCUUCAGGGAGAUCGGGGUGGACAAAAUCAACGCCACUAACUCAUUCUCUGACAACAAGAGUGCAACCAUCAUGUUCAGGCAAGAUUGAUAAUUCCAGCAGAUUUACUGGAUCCCAUGCACUGCACAUUGCAUGGACCUUUUCAUGCAGGAUGCGGACAACAAACCGUGGGCCGCAGA